CCUUCCCGGCGCCACCGGCAAAACUGACACUGACCCCUGCGAGAGAGAGCAGCGACGUUGCCGUCCUCUAAUUACUCCUCCUCCUCCUCCUCCAGCUGAAGCUGAGAUAGGGCCGGCAGGAGAAGGUCGGGCAAAAGAAUCUUCCUCUCGUUUGCCGCGAAUAGGCAGAUAGGUGCGCGCGCCGGCGGGUUUUGAUUUGGAUUAGAGCUUGGCCGAUGGGGAUUCACCUGCUGGUGUUCGCGGCGGCGAGGGGCUUCCUGCAGGUGUUCCAGGUGUCGGCGCCGCUGCUGUGGCCGCUCAACCUGUGGGCGCCGCUGGCGCGCCACCUGCCCGAGGCCUGCGCCGCCUUCUACGGCGCGCUCGUCUCGCACGCCGCCCGCCUGCGCGCCGCCGUCCGCGGCCGCCGGCGCCGCGGGGGCGAGAGCGCCCUCGACGAGUACUUGCGCAAUGCGCUGCUGACGCUCUCGGACUGAAACUUGUGAACCGAGGCGAGCGGCCGGGCCAGGCGCGGCGCCGUGUAGACCGGCGUGGGCCGCGGCGGCUUCCCCAAUCUGUGAGUAGCUAGCUAGGAUUUGCCAUCUCCCUUUGUUUUCUUUUUUUUUUUCUCUCGAUCGCUCUUCUUCCUUGCCGUGCUUUUGCGCGCGUAGCUAGCUAGCAUCUCAAAUUCUAAAGAGUGAGACGCUCUGUGUUGUAGAAAUCAUGAUUUGUACUACAAAUCCAUUUUAAUCUGCGUCGAGCGCUUACCAGGUUUACAUGCA